AUGAUCAUCCACACACCGCGACGUCGUAUAUCGCCUCGCACCAAGCGCAAAUAUAGGGCUAUAAAGAAUUUUUUGCAGAAAGCCUUAGGUACAUCAUCUCAAGGAAAUAUUUAUACAAAUUCAACUAUAGAAGUAAGUGUCUCAGAUAUAAAAACCAAGAUCGAAGGAAUAGAACAACAACUAAACAAAGUCAGCAAGCAUUGUCGAGAUCUCUCGUGUCUUGAACGCAAAGUCCGAAGACAAACAGCAAAUCUCUCUGUUUGUAGCAAUCUUGACGAUAAAAGUAUCGGAGAAAAUUCUAAAUCUGAAAGAGAUCUUAAAAAUGUAGAAACAAAACUGUUAUAUAAAAAGACUGAUAGACAAUGUAACAGAACUGAUGAAGGUGAGAGUGCAAUUGAUAAUCAAAAUCACGAAAAUAAAAAUAAUGAAAAUAUGAAUUCUACAGCUUUUGAUCAAAAUUUAUAUAAUUUUCAUGGUAAACUAAAAAGACAACAUAAUGAAAAUGAAAAAUACAAAUUUCAUAGGCAUCAACGUAAAACAAAAUCAAAACAUGAAACUAUAUCGCCUGUUUAUUCCACCAGUAGCUUCCAUUCGUUCGUAGCGUCUAAACAUAAAAAAUAUGCAGAACUCAGUUGUUCUGAUUACCAUCAAAGAGGACGUUUUGAAAGCGAAGAUACUCAUUAUAUACCAGAUCCUAAUUUACAUAGAAAUAGAAAGAUUGUGGAAUAUGAUUGUAGAAAUAAAAAUAAAAAAUAUGAAGAGAGACGAAAAGAGAAAAGAAAUAGGCGUGAAAAUUCAGAGCUUGAUCAAGAUUUUAUAGAAAAAAUUAUCAAAAAACAAUAUAAACCAGUUAAAGUAUUUGGUAGACGAGAUUCAGACUUUAGUCAAUUUUCUGCACCCGUGUGUCGCGAUCAUGAAUUUGACAUUAAAGAAGAAAUUCAAGAAGGCAGCGAAUUGUGCUCUUGUUGUUUUGAUGAAUAUAGAAAACGUAGACACCGUUAUAUUCGAAACAAUGAUCCGAGUGAUAUGAGGAGCGUCUGUGACACUCGUUUGUACAGUUCUAAAAAACAUCAUCACCACAAAUAUCGUAACAGACACAUUGAUGAUUAUAAUAAUUCAGCAUAUUAUGACGUAGUUCCCGUAAGAGAGAAAUCAAGUCCACUGUCGAGAAGAAAACUUAUAGAAGAUAAUACAAUGGCUUAUCAGUACUGUAAAGAAGUACCACCUUCUCCUAGAACCCGUAGACCGAGAUUGAAUUUAAAAGCUCAAAAUAACGCAGAAUAUGGCGAUAGUCUCAUAAACGAAAGAUAUCGGAGAAGAAACACUCCUAUUCGGUAUCAUAACUACGACUUAGCUUCAGAACUUUCUCUCCAUCAAAGAUCCCACGAAAAUUUGGCAAAUAUUGAAACAAUGAGUAGUUUUCAGAGCGCCAAUUUAAUAGAUGAAAAAACGAACCAAACUAAUAACGACACGACUUGGAAUACAGAAAUAACAAAUGUGACUACUGACAAAACUGAUAAAGCUCUUGGCGAAAUAAAAGAUAUAUUACAAAGUUUUUUAAUUGAAGUAAAGAAGGAAUCUAUACACAGUGACAAAUGUAAUAUCACGAGUAAACUUGAAGGCAAAAGUUUUAAUAAAACUCAAGAAAGCGAUAAGAUUAACACAACAAUAAUUCCGAAUAGCGGUGAUAACUUUGGAACACAUACGGCGGGACAGAGUAGUAUGGCUCCAUUUCUACCCUCAUUCCCAAAUCCUUGUUGUUAUCCAAUAAUACCAGUAUGUCCUGUGAAUUGUUUGCAAAAUGGCUAUAUUUUACCUAAUUCAAGUUUCACUUGCACAGCUUGUGCUAAGGCCUCUAAAGAGAACGCAAAUGCUGAAAAAGAAAAUUCUAACAGAAGUGACACGAAUGAUAAAAUUAACACUUGCAACGAAACUCAAGAACUAAUUAAAGAAAUCUAUAAAUAUGUUUCACAAAAUCCAAAAACACCGAGAAAAGACGAUAGUAAUGACAACGAUAUUAAUAACCAUUCAAAAAAUGGUAAUCGUAGAUUAGAUAAAGUAAUUCUAACAAAUACAAGUGUCGGAGGAUGUUCCAAGACAUCUAAACAUGAUGCUAAUGUCGGAACACCUUAUAUGAGAUGUUUUUCUAAAAGUUGUGAAGCAAUUGGGUCGAGAAUGAAUUCAGAUACAUAUUACUCUACAAACGCUAGCUACUCUGAUACAAUUUUGGAAAAGCUUAGCUUAGAAGCUUCACAGUCAUCAACAGAUUCGGAUACCAGCAGUGAUAUUUCCGAAAAAAAGAUUCAUCGAAAUAAAUUUCACAAACUACUACAUUCAUUACGAUUAUUUAAGAGAAAGAAGAAAGAUGUCAUUGAGGAAGUCACCGAAUCUGAGAGUACAAUAGCGGUCAAUACUAAGCAUAAAGCAAAACCACCAUUCAAACAGCACAUUACAAACUAUGCGAUGCACGGUCAGGAAUAUUUCCAUCCGCCACCCAUACCAGGAACCUUCUGCCCUCCCCAUCCCGAAGGACAUUGUAGCUAUGGCCAAGGUUAUCCCCAUCGGCCAUUGCCUCCUGAGAUGUAUAGCCACUGCAAGUAUCCUAUAAAUCAGUUCGGUAUGCCUUACGAUCACAGGAUGCCACCCACAUGCAAUCCAAUGGUGCAUCCUCCAUGUCCAAACUACGACCCAUACAACCAAGUUCCACCUCAAGUACCACUAUGCCUAAAAGAGAUUGAAGUGAAAAGUAUCGGUACCCAAAGCCAAAGGAAAAUGUCGAUGUUUAGCAAGUUUGCUAAAAAGGUGCAACCUACUCAACAAGACGCAAGUCAACAAUACUCUAUACCGUCCCCAAAUAAACCAACUUUCUGGAAAUCCUUACAAGAGAAAACAAAACAACAAAAUUCGGAUCCCUUGGAUUUUUCUUUGAAAACCCAAAAACAAUUGGCUCAAGGAGAUAUGAAAUUAAGAAAUGCUAUGCUUAAAAAGUUAUUUUAUAAAAGAAACCCUUUUUCUCCAAGAAAUCUGAUAGUUAGGACUUUGCUUGGAAAAGACAAGUCUAGUUACGGCAAUCCGCCCAAGAUGUAUCGACCAAGAAUGUUCAUU